AACAAUCUCAACCAUCAUCAAAUCAAAAUCCCCAUCUCAGACAGCCAUUCAAACCUGACAAAAUGCACGCCCUAACUACCCUCUUCACCCUCCUCACCGCUGCGACCAGCACCACCAGCGCCCUCUCCAUCCAACCGCGCGACCCGGCCCCGGCCUCCAUCACGCCGCCCGAGGGCUGCCCCAUCCCGACCUGGGAGGUGACCUACUUCCACUGGUUCAACGGCUCCAAGUCGCUGGACUGCAUCCACAACCCGGCGGACAUCGCCUUCAAGGACUGCCUGUGCGGCAACGCCUGGUGCGACCAGGACCCGGCCACCUGCAACGGCACCAUGGUCCCCGUCUGCUACACGGGCAUGCCCAACUACCAGCCCUGGGGGUACGGGCCCCCGCAGACCCUGGCCAUCGACUUCGCCGACGGCCUGGAGUGCCGCGACACGUACAUCGGCUACCGCAUCCACGACAUCGCCCACGGCGAAUCCAACUGCGGCUACGCCGACCGCGGCCUGGGCCGCAUCGUCUCGUUCUACGGCACCUCCAACGAGGACUCCUCCGUCGGCCACAUGGACUACGAGCUCGGCUCCGGCCACGCCCUCACCUGCAACAACGGCAGCAAGAUCACCUACCACGGCAGUGUGGAUUUCCAGCUGAACUGCGUGCAUGAUGCGUUCUUCAAUGCGACGUGCGAUGCCGCGCCGUUUGAGAUUCCGGUUCUGAGCUAUGAGUGGGUUUCUUAGGUGAUUCGAUUGGAGGUUACGGGUGGUGGUAGGGUAAGGGGCAUAUGAA